UGCCCGCGUGCCCGCCCUAACGGAGGCAACUUUAUUACUGUCAAAAGUCCACGGACCUUAUCAGAGCAAAUCCAAUGGUCCACAGAAGCUCGGGUCCUCCACCGCGACCUGAAGGCUGUCCGGGCUGGUAGCGUCGAACUCGACCGCGCUGACUGAAAAAGAAGAAACAAAGUUGUGCUGGGCCGCAGUCAUGUCCGGACGGAACCGAUGUGUGAAUCCAUUUCACAGACCUGAGUGUCUGGCUGCUGCUGCUCCUGCGGGAAAAGCCAAACUGACUCAUCCCGGGAAAGCCAUUCUGGCAGGUGGGAUUGCCGGUGGGAUAGAAAUCUGCAUCACCUUCCCCACAGAGUAUGUCAAAACACAGCUGCAGCUGGACGAGAAGGCAAAUCCUCCAAAAUACAAAGGCAUUGUUGACUGCGUGAAGCAGACGGUGAAUGAUCACGGGAUUAAAGGUCUUUACAGAGGUCUAAGUUCGCUUGUUUACGGCUCCAUUCCCAAAGCAGCUGUCAGAUUUGGAAUGUUUGAAUUCCUUAGUAAUAAGAUGCGUGAUGAGCAUGGUAAACUCAACAGCACUCAAGGAUUCUUCUGUGGCCUUGGAGCUGGAGUGGCAGAAGCUGUGGUCGUAGUGUGUCCUAUGGAGACAAUCAAGGUCAAAUUCAUCCAUGAUCAGACAUCAGCAAAUCCAAAGUACAAAGGGUUUUUCCAUGGCGUGAGAGAGAUUAUUAGAUCUCAAGGCCUGAAGGGGACAUACCAAGGCUUAACGGCCACCGUGCUGAAACAAGGCUCCAAUCAGGCCAUUCGCUUCUAUGUGAUGACAACACUGAAGAACUCGUACAAAGGUGACAACCCUAACAAAGCUAUGAAUCCUUUGGUUACUGGAUUCUUUGGAGCAAUUGCUGGAGCUGCCAGUGUGUUUGGGAACACUCCCCUGGACGUCAUAAAGACCAGGAUGCAGGGUCUCGAAGCUCACAAGUACAAAGGCACAGUGGAUUGUGCAGUCAAGAUCCUGAAAUAUGAGGGGCCAUUGGCCUUCUACAAAGGCACCGUACCUCGACUGGGCCGAGUAUGCCUGGAUGUGGCGAUCGUCUUUGUCAUCUAUGAGGAAGUUGUGAAGCUUCUGAACUUGGUUUGGAAGACGGACUGAAGCGGACACCCUCCUGCGCUCUGCAAGCGGGGACAUUAGGACGAACUGCGCACAUUGCUAACCACGUCAGGUCUCCUUAAACGCUGCUUGCAGGUUCUAAUGUCUACCUCUAAGUGACGACGUUGGCCUGGCAUUGAUUUUAUUUGCAGCAGAUAUUGCAAGUUGAAGCCUAAUCUGCAUAAAGAAUGUGAUAGUGCCCCCUGAGCUCAUACCUCCGCCAACACAUCACAUGUAACUAUUAGAGAUGUAUUUUAGCACAAAUACACAAAAACUGUUCAAGAGAAUAUUUUUAUUUACUUUUUAAUUUGGUGAAAGGGUGGGGUGAGGGCCUUUCUUUUACACUGAGGGAACAUUUUCCUGAAUUAUGAGAUACUAGUGCUCGUAGUAAGCAUGUAGAAAAGUGGGAGCUUUGCCGAUCUUUGUUGAAGCUGGCGUGUGAGAACCUGAGAACAUUCCGCCUUGUGAUCAUGAAGCAAGAAGCGCCUGUGGGUCGCAUAUCUGUCGGACUGUUUGUUUAUUAUUUAUUUUUAUUUUUUUUCGUCUCUCCCUGUGAACGGGUUAGAGAUAGGCAUCUGUUUAAGGCAGAGAGUGACUCAUCCUUGUUGACGAUCUUUGUCGAAGCUGGCGCUGAGAGCGUUCCGCCUUGUGAUCAUAAAGCAAGAAGUGUCUGUCUGUGGCUCGCAUAUCUCUCAUACUGUUUGUGUAUUAUUUAUUGCUUUAUUUUUUUCUGUCUCAACCGUGAACACGUUUAGAGAUAGGCAUCUGUUUAAGGCAGAGAGUGAUCUUUGCCGAAGCUGGCGGGUGAAAACGUUCUGUCUUGUGCCAAUAAUAAUGAUGAUGAAUUCAAAAUAAAAGUUUUGAAAAUUAAUCCCAAAACUUUUCAUGAUGAAGGAUGCACAUCAUUGUGCCAUAUCCGAAAGCUGAGAUUGAUCCGACAAACAGUCUGAGAGAUAUGCGAGCCAAAUACACACAUACAGAUAUUUCUUGAUAUUAGCACACUGCAUAACUCUGAUUCACCCCCGUUGCCCAUAAAGAAUUGUGCAUCUUGAAGAACUCAGGAAAAUGCUGAAAAAUUCCCUCUCAGUGGUAAAGAAAGUGUGUGUGUGUGGGGGGGAAUCCUGGAUUCAAACCCCUUAACUGGAUUCACUCCAAAAGUUCACAAAUUCUCCCUUGUCUCAUCCCCCACUCUUUCACCAAGUUUAAAGGAAAUCAGUUUUGCAGUUUUUGCAUAAUCCCACUAACAGUCGGAACAACAGCACUGAACUCAUUACCUCUUUGGCGGAGGUAGUGAAUUACUCUAUUCUGUGUCAUUCUAAAUGUGGGAAAUUCCCUAAGAGGGAAUUGAUAUUUGGACGAAAACACGUGGUGACUUACCAACAGUACUUUAAAGAUCAUUUAAGAUCAAACCAAUACUUCCCCCAAAGCAAUAUGUUUAAAACACAGUGCAAAAGAACUUGUACUUGAAAAUAUGAAAGAUUCAAAUAAUCAUAAACUCAUUUUUAUAUGCACAUUUUUAGAUUUGUUUAGCCCAAGAACUACCUAAUAUACACUCUCUGAAUAAUUUACACUUAACUGUGACAUGUUGCAGCCGCUUCAGGUAUAUUAAGACGUAGAUACCUGAUAUCAGGUUGGCCGUAUUAACCAUGAUUGCAUGAUGCAGAUUCAUCGGUUUUCUUGCAUAUAUACUUUUUAGUUUAUUUAGAAAUACUAAGGUGGUGCAAAGUUAUUCACAUGAAAGUUGCGUGGCGGCUUUAAAUUGAUGUACUCACUGCAGUCGAGCUUU